AGCAGCAGGCUCCUGCCGGGCCGGGAGGAGGAAGCGCCUCAGUCCGGUGGAAGCGGAGCCCUGGGACGCUUCUGAGCCCGAGGAGGGGGCAGCAGCAGCAGCGCCCGGGAGGGGCCGAUCUCGGGGGAGAGCGGCUGGUUCUGCUCCCCACCAUGCAGACCAGUUCCUCAUGUCUUGCUGUGAACAAGCACAUGCCCAUGGAACUUGACCUGUUUACAGCAGCUGAGAAUUUGGCCUCAAGUCUGAGCACCACUCCUAUUUUCAAGUGCCUGAUGAAAUUAUGCUGCCUCCUUGGAGAGAUGCUCCCUCAGAACACUUGGAGACCUUGAUUCCGAACCAAAUGCAGUGGGACUUUGUCCUAGUAUGCGACAAACACAAGCCUGGCAGCAAGAAGGAUGAUAAGAGGAAGGAAUUCUUGGAAGAGUUGAAGAACAAAGGCUUUCAGCUCAAGAAAAUCGAGGACAAGAAGCUAUUCUGGGGGAUCCGAGCCCCAAGUGAAAUCUUCCCCAAAUACCAGUGGCUGGUGGGGAAUCCAGACAAGGGGUGGCAGAAUCAAGACAAGCAGGAAGGUGUGCCCAUCACCACCAGGAUCUAUGUCGUCAACUUUAUCCUGCAGCACACAAGGAUUUCUUCUGGAGAGUGUCUCUGGAAGCUGAUAAAGGAGAAGGUCUUUGAAGCAGCAUUCCCACUGCACGAGUCAGAAGAGAGGAGAAAAUCCCUGAAGAUGUUCUGGGCUCCAUGGAGAAGGAAAAAGUGCAAGGAGGAAAUUGAGACUUCCAGGAAUUAUUUUGGGGAGAAGGUGGCCUUGUAUUUUGCCUGGCUAGGCUGGUACACCUACAUCCUAUUGCUAGCUGCUGUGCCAGGCAUAUUCCUCUUCCUAUAUGGGAUCUUCCAUUUUAAUUCCAGUCAGGUCAGCAAAGAGAUCUGUGAAGCCAACACCACCAUCAUGUGCCCGCUCUGUGACCAGAAGUGCCCGUUCUGGCAGCUGUCGGAUACUUGUACCUACGCCAAGGUCACGCACCUGUUUGACAACGAGGGGACGGUUUUCUUUGCCGUGUACAUGGCUCUCUGGGCCACCGUGUUUCUAGAGCUGUGGAAGAGGAAAAGAGCGAAGGUGGUCAGUGGCUGGGAACUGUACCGGUGGGAUGAUGAUGAGGAAGAGCUAGCCUUGCAGCUGAUCAACGACCCCAACUACAAGCUCAGGAAGUACCAGCACUCUUAUGCUGGCAGCACUGCCGUGCUUCUCUUAGUCCUGCUCAUGAUCGCCGUGCUCAUUGGCAUCGCCCACGCGCUUGUCAUCUACCGAGUGAUGGCCACGGUCAUCUUCACCAAGAGUGACUCCGAGUUCCUCCGAGAGCGGGCCGACACCCUGGCGGUGGUGACGGGGGCCGUGCUGCAUUACGUCACCAUUGUCAUCAUGACCAAGGUGAACAGGCGUGUGGCGCUCUUACUCUGUGACCUAGAGGAGCCGCGGACAUUCUGCGAGCGCGAGAAGAUCUUCACUGUGAAAUUCUUCACCUUCCAGUUCUUCACCUACUUCUCCUCAUUGAUCUACGUCGCCUUCUUCCUGGGAAGGAUUAAUGGCCGUCCUGGGAACUAUGUGCGUGUAGCUGGCAAGUGGAGGCUGGAAGAGUGCCAUCCCAGCGGCUGCAUCACCGAUCUCUUUAUCCAGAUGGUCAUCAUAAUGGGCCUGAAGCAGACCCUGAGUAACUUCGUGGAGUAUCUCUCCCCCUGGGUAAUGCUCAAGUUCCGAAUGUGCUGUGCCAGCCCAAAGAGCAACGGCGAGGAAGAACAGCAGGACCCCUGCAAGGAGGAGUGGCUCAGGAACUAUCAACUCAACGACGUCAACAUCUUCAGCUUGUUCGAUGAGUUCUUGGAAAUGAUGAUCCAAUACAGCUUCACCACCAUCUUUGUGGCUGCCUUCCCCCUCGCCCCGCUCCUGGCCUUCUUCAACAACUGCAUUGAGAUCCCGCUGGACAACUACAAGAUGGUGUGGCUGCAGAGGCGCAUGGUGCCUCGGAGAGCCAAUGACAUCGGCAUCUGGCUGCAGGUUCUGGAGGCGAUUGGCAUUUUGGCCGUCAUUGGCAAUGGCCUGGUGAUCGCCAUCACCUCAGACUUCAUCCCCAUGCAGGUCUACAAAUACGCCUACAGCCCUUGUGUGCUGCAGAACCGCACUGAUAUUGACUGUUUGACAGGUUACAUCAACAACAGCCUCUCAGUGUUCCAUAUCAAGGACUUUGAGUGGCAGAUGAAGCUGCCUGAAAAGCUGCCGGAUUUUAUGAAUGGGAUCACAAAAUGCAGGUACCAGGAUUACAGGAACUCUGAUGACUACAGCUACUCGGUUCAGUUCUGGCACGUCUUCGCAGCCCGGCUCGCCUUCCUUAUUUUGUUUGAGCAUGUGGCUCUGUGCAUCAAGCUGAUUGCAGCCUGGUACGUACCCGACAUCUCCCUGACGGUUAAGAAUAAGCAUCUGGAGGAAAAAUAUAAAAAUCUGCAGAGCCGACUCAGUGAUUCUGCUGUUGUCACUGGAAUUACCUGGAUUGUAUCUUCUAUGGAUCGCUCUACAGAAGUGUAGCGAAUCACUGAGCACAUGGUAGGGGUCAGAAGCAGAGAUCUCAGACCCAGGAUCCAACAGAACAAUGUUACGGGCAUUGGAGGCACCUCCCACAAUCUCUGCAAUUGCAGCUCGUUCUCUCCUAUUGUUUUGGACUUUGCCUCUGAACGGGAUGGGGGUAGGGGAUGGGGGGAACAACAGGUUGUUAACUUUGCAUGAGCAGAUUAUUUUCGAUCUCAUUGUGGCAGGGAAGAACGUGGUAGCUUUAAGAAACGCUGCAUUGCAAAAGUCUCUCAGAGCUGGGGAAAAGUUUUGCACUAUUGGCCAAAUGUAGCACUGGGAGAUUCAAAGAGGGCUAGAAAAGGAUUGAUUUUUGCUACAUUGCUCAUGCUUUUCCACCAUAAGUGGCAGAUACAAUUUACCCCUGAAUCUUCCUCCCACACUGCUAAGAGGACAUACUCUACAAGGCUCAUGACUACUGAGAUGAGUGGGGCUACCCUGUCUGUUGUAUCAACAUUGCCCCCUGCUGGCUCUCCCUUACUCCUGCCCCAUAUCUAAGACCUAUUUCUUGACUAGAUGGAAUUGAUCUGAAAAGACCAGAUUCCUGACCAGUGGUUCUUACUGUAUUGAUGUGUGACAUACUGCAAAUUAACCUCUUGGUGCCCCAGUUUUAUGAAAUGGGGCAAAUACUUACCUACCUCACCUGGGUACCGUGCAGCUUAAAAUAUUAUUAGCUAAAGCACUUUGAGGCCUUGUCGCCAUGGAGAAUUUGCCUGCAUUCAAUCAUGCAGUGACCAGCCGCUGCAGUGACCAGCCACUACACACUCCAGAUACACACAAGGAAAUCUGUGACUGACAUGGGUAGAUGCUCACUUCAGUCUCAAACAACAGUUAGUUCCACUGAAGCAGGUUGGGGCUCUUCUCAGCCAUGUGUGUGAUUUGCUUUGGUGCUGCCAGUGAUGCCAAUUGCUGGCCAAUGUGGAUCAGCCCUUGAUUGGAGAUACUGCCUGCCCAUUGCGUUAGCAUUUCAUCCAGCCAGGCAAUCUGAGGCUAAUCUAUGGCAGGCUACCGGGCUUUAUCGUCAGUAGUUCAUUUUAAUCAUUUGCUUGUCAUUUAAACUGGGCUAAACGAGGAAGGCCUUGCUGCAGAGUGGAUUGCUUACCUUCUCUCUCCCUUUGUGUCUCAUACUUCUUACAAGGCUUUCUCCAUACACUGGAGUCCCUCAGUGCUCCUGUACACCUCUAUCACUCAAGAAUCAGCUGUUCUCUUGCUUUUACUUAAGCGAUCACAGAAGUUCUUGCCAUAGGUAAGGGUGUAGAACAGGGCUUACCCUAAAUCUUCUGCAUCUCAAGUGAGCACCCUAAGCCUUGGACAGUAAUGGGGGAAGAUGGCUCCCUCUCUUAAGCCCUGCGCUUAUCACCACUUCUCUUCUGGCUAGUUUAAGCCAUUCUCUGCUGGCUUCAGUAGAUCCAUCCCAUACAUACCUAACUCUUCCCAGGUCUUGUAUGGGGAGCAAACAGGCCAACAGUAGUGGUAACGGCAGCCAGGAGCCCCGAGUCCUUUUGAAUUGCUGGGCCCUGGGGCACUUGCCCCCUGGCUAACAAUUCCAUUAGGUGGCAAGCUGCCCACAAGCUAGGCAUUACAAUGCUUAAGUACUGUUGUGGACUGAGCCCUUGUCAGUCUUCAAUGAGGCCUGACAGGUAGGUGUGAGAAAUAUUAGUGUCAGUCACAGUAGAAGACACUCUUGAAUCCCUUCACAUGAAGUGCCGGAGCAGGCUGAGAUCCACUGACCUGGAGCCUAUUGUAGGAUCAGGGUCUUAGAGCAUGGAGGGGUGUGAGCCACACAGACCUUUUAAUGCGGCCAAGCUAAGCCUACGUGAGAGAAACUCAUGCCACAAUGUUUCAUUGGUUUAAUUCACACAUAGGGCUUAUCCACAUGAGGGGUUUAAAAUCACACUCACUUUCUCUAGCCAGCACUCAAAUGACCUUCUCAGCCCACAUAUGCUGCAGUUCUUCCAGGUGGAUAAACUGGCCUGGUAAUACUUAUCCUACAAUCCACUCUGAAAGUUCAUUGCACAUUGAGAUGGAGCAAACUAAUGUUCACACUCAGGCACUGCUCAGUCACAGUAGGCUGGCAGUACGCCAGCUUCUAUCUCACUGUACUUCGCCAGGACCAGUCUGUCUGUUUACCUGGGUGUUCUCCACUGCUCUGGGGUCAUGUUGCCCAGAUGUUCCCUCCCUGUUCAAAUGCUGGCAAGAGGCCAGGAUCAGCCCAUGUGUUCCUGGAGUACAGCCCUCAAGCUUUCCAGCAGUGCAAUUGCUGCCAUCUAAUGCCUUGUGCGGCAGCAUGGAAGCAUGCAGAGGUUUUUGAUCAACUUGCCACCUGGGGAAGCAAAGGUACAGGCAGUCCUCUAAAAAAUCAAAACAUUGUAGUCUAUGCAGACGUCUCUAAAUAAAUAAGGUCACAGAGAGACCCUAUUCAAUACCAUAACACUAACAAAGCACUCAAAAACCACUACAAGAAACAAGUCACAAAAGAUAGACCUCUAGCAAUGCUCACAUGACCUAUCUUUACUAUGAGGGUUUUCUGGUUUUCUGCUGGAAUGCCAUUCCUGGUACAAAUUCUGUAUUUAGAUAAGUCCUCAAUGUGUAGUUUAAGGAGUAAAUUGAGACUCUUCUAGUUUUCUUAAAUAAUCAAGGUAUUUAAAUGUAACCCC